AUGCGCAGCAGUUUGGGAGCAUAUUCCACCCAGUGCGAGCGCCAUCACCGCCACGGCGCCUUGCCAAUACUGCUGACCAGCCGUGCGAUGUAUCACGAGGCCAUGCAUAUAUUCUACAUGAACAACCGAAUUGUUAUUUGGCCCAACACUCAAUCCAUAGGAUGUGUUUUUGCCGCGACAGGACAACUACCAUUCCAGCCUUAUCGCUUCAGCGAGAAUCCUCCAGGGCAACCUCACAUCCCGGCUGGCCGUGCUCAUCGCAACAAUGUCUAUCUGGCAAAUUUGGCGUGGCAUGAUGCAACAAAGCUCUUCAUUCAGCAUGUCAGCUUGACAGGCCCAAGAAACAUCCGCAAUCUGGAGAUCGUCUUUCCGAUGAUUGGAUUGCAUGACAGCUUCCUAUAUGAAACCCCAGCUUACAGGGAAUGGUUGAAUGCUGUCAACUAUCUGGCCCUUGUGCUCGUGCACCCGGAUGCCGCGAAUUUGAAUCUGGUCAUUCAUAUCAGAUCCCCACACAGCGCGUUCGAUUGGCCAUUUGAAGAUGCGGUACGAAAGAUGGAUACGUUGGCACCCUGGCUCCUGAGACCGCUGCAAAAGCUUCCAAGGAAUCAUCUGUCGAGACUAUUCGUCCACCUAGAAAACCUCUAUCAUUGGGCACCUUCAAGGCUGCCUCGAGGUCUUGAAGCACCCAAACUGCCGGAACCGGAAGCGGAAACCCAAACCCAGGCGCCAGACCACCUGGCAUGCCGUUAUGCAAUGAAAAGCUUGCGGAAAUGGAGGUCAAUUUGGAGAAGCUAG